AUGUCUUCAUUUUUAUUUUUCUAUCAAUUUCAGUCUCCUCUCUGGACGCCCCUUGAACUUCAGCUCGUUGUGCAGGCUGUCUCUGAUUUGGGCUCUGACUACGCUGCCAUCGCUAUCCGUCUAGGCACGAAGACUCCUGGAAUGGUGGCCGGCUUGUUCGAAACACAGGGCCAUCGGCUUCGACUUAAGGAGGCCACCUUUCUAGCAAAUGCGUCGAAAGCCUCAGCUGCAACUACUGACACGGGGACAGUUGAAGCGGUCUCCAAUAAUGCUUCAGUAUCAUCCACUUCUAGUAAGGAUGGAGUUGCCUCGAAAAAUCACUCUUUUUUAGCUCUAUCUUCAAUUUCCUAG